UGCUUAGUGUAUUGUGAUUCAAAACGUGGACAAAUGAGCUUCUACUCGCUUGUUUCACAUUCUUCUGUAUUUGCACAACGCCUCCAGCCCUGUCCUAACGUAAACAAAGUCCCGCCCUACAUUUUAAAAACAUGAUGAAGGGCAUGAUGCGCCGUCGCUCUCACCGCCAUGUUUUUCAACUAGGACAUUUGUAGUUUUGAAGCGAACGGUCUCCUCUUCCGUCGAGCAAGGGAUUGUGGGUAAUUUUGGCCGAGUUUGGAAUAGCAUACUACACUGACUGUUUCUGUCAUAGCAGUAGUACUAUGGGUAGUAUGCAACUCCGCACUCAGCCUGUGCUUUGGGACACUGUGAUUCUAAUCUCGGGUACUGAUUAACUGCGAUGAUGAUGAUGAUGAUGAAGGGUAAUUAAUCAGUAACUCUCAGCUGAUGUCUGUCGACUUGAUUAGCAGCAGAUCAUCAGCUCUCACAAAACAACAGAGAUGUUUCAGCUCCUGUGUGUCAGCAAGAUGAUUUUACUCUUCAUGUUUGUGACCACUGCAGUGGCACAGAAAGAUUUGUCUCUAGACUGCAGCAGUGAUUCUGUGAUGGUGCGGUGGAAGCCCUGGCUGGAUGCUGGUCAGAAGUUGGAUCCAUCUAAAGCCCUGCUGGGGAACUGCCCUCCCAGUUUUGUGGUGUCCGACACGCUGAUGUUCUACGUGUUACUGAACGACUGUGGAUUUUUGAAGCAGGUGACUGAGGACCAAGUGACCUAUUCAAACCUGUUGAUCUACGAGCGACAGUCAGGAAUGCCCUUCAUAUCUCAAUCAGUCCAAUGUGUUUAUGACUCACCUAAAAACAAGGUGUCCACGUUUCUUCCUGUGGAAGAGACUGAAGGAGAUGUGACGUUCAACAUGGAGCUCAUGAACAGUGAUUUCAGUGCUCCAGCUGCAUCUUCAGUGUUCAGUCUGGGCUCCAGUAUUCCCAUCAGAGUGCAGGUGGAGCAGGACGACCGGAUGCUGCAGGUUUAUCUGGAGAGUUGUGUAGCAGCAACACACUCCAACCUGAGCCACGCCACUCGCAUGCAUACCAUCAUCGCCAAUGCAGGGUGUCUGAUUGAAAGUAAAGAAGGAAAAUCAACGUUUCUGCCGAGACGAAAACCAUCUGAACUCUGUCUUUAUCUCGAAGCCUUUAAGUUUGCUCUCGGAGAGAACAUUUUCCUCCACUGUGACGUAAUGGCGCAAAAUAUGUGGCGCGAGAACACGGACAGGAAGGCGUGUCACUAUGUGAAGGAGAACCGCAGAUGGGAGCUCCUCGAUGAUCUUUCCCAGAGCUGGAUGGCAUGUAGAUGCUGCGAGUCCACCUGCCCGUGGAGAAAAGACAACCUGAAUGGACUGUCAGUACGGAAGGUUCUUGGUCCUUUUGUGAUGGUGGCGGACCAGUCUCGGAGAAACAUGACACUGAACACACAGAGCUCUGAACAAGGUGUACAGGACAUCAGGAGGAACAUUCUGGACGUUUCAGCACUUGAGGAGAUCAGUGAUCAAUGGGCCGGUUCCCCUGAGGAUGAAGAUUCCAGCCAGGAUAACACAAUCGUCCUCCCUCCAGCACUAAUCAAACCUGUCAGAAGACACGAUCAAGUCUCCAGACAUUCAGAGAGAUACUCCAGGCCUGUCCCAAAACCAGCUCUUGCACUCUUUGUACUUGCCUACUUACCUACUUGUGUUCUGUGUCUGUGAGUGUUUGUUGGACUUUUGAUUGCACAUUUGGGAUGCUUGUAGACUUCAUGACGUUGAUCAAGCUUGCAGAAGCAGUUUUUGUAGUUGUUCUCAGAAGACUGAUUGUUGUUGGACUGAUUCCACUGUUAAAUACUUCAAAUAAUACACACCUUUUCAUUUAUCAGUACACUACUGGUUGUAAGUCUAUUGUGUUUUUGUAAGUAUGCAAGAACAGAUUUUACAGUGCUACAAUUUCAUUUAAUGAUUAAGAUUUUCAAUACUUUGCACAUAAAAAUAUAUGUUUAACUCUGUAAAAUUGUGUCAUCCAUAAUUGCUGUAAAAUACUUUGUUACAUCCUUAAUGCAUACUACCAACAUUUUUUAUUUUAUAAAUCUGGGUGGGCAUUUUUUGCUUGUCAUUUAUUUGAGACAACCAAAGAUUGACUUUUAUAUAACUUAUAAGUCGCCUAUGUGAUUCAUUGUUUUAUAUAAAUGUAUAUUUCAAAUGUCUGUAAACACAUAUGA